UCAGUGUCAUCAAAAUUCAAAAAUCUUUUCUGUGUGAAAAAUCACAAAAAUAUUCAAUUUUUCAAACUUUAGUUAUGUAGGUAUUGUAAAAAUGUCUAAUAAAGGCGUUAUCCCUAAUAAUUUUUUGGACGAUAAUAAUAUCGAAAUCGGGAUAAGUACGCAAGGAAUGUGUAUGGAAAUGUGUCCACCGGAAGAGGUUACUUUACGAACAAAGGAGAAACUAGUCCAUGUCCUUGAAAUGACCCCGUCAGGUCACAAACUGGUGAAGAGCUACUGCAGGUCAGCUGCUGACACCAACAUGGCCGUGCCUCGACUGCUGAGGCCUUUCAGUGUGCUCUCCGACACUGUACACUAUUUGUUAGUGGAAAUACCAAAAAGAAAAGAUGUUAAAAAAUUGUCAGUAAUGUAUGACUUCCUGAACGACCGGCUGAAAGCGGUGAGACAGGACAUGACGAUACAGAGGCUGCCGCCAGAGCAGUGUGUUGUGCUGCUUGAACCUAUGAUUAGGUUCUAUGUUUAUUAUAGUUACAGAUUAUGUGAUCAUCCAUCAAACGAAUUUGUUCCAGUGUUAAACAAGAAAGAGCUACUAGAAUGUAUGAAAUGGUUCCUCAGUUGUUAUGAUGUGUUGCACAAGAAAACAGAGAAAGUAGUUGAUGUUGACUGGGUCAUAGACAAUUUCAAUUUAGUAGACUUAUGCAAAGACAAGCCGGAGCUCUCGUGUGACAGGAUACUGGUUGAAAGUCUGUAUAUAAUGUGCAAUUUAGAUGAUGUACAUCCCUUGUAUAGGUAUUUGAAGUUACCUAAUUAUGUGAAAAGGGCGCCUGCAUUAAAACUAGCAUAUGAUAUAGCGAUAGCAAAUAAAAAUGGCAAUUUCAUCAGAACACUGAGACUAGCAAGACGGUUGUGCCCGCUCACCUUCGCCGCGCUGUGCUUGUAUCUGCCGACCAUACAGCGGCGAGCUCUACAAGUGUUGAGCCAUGGAUACAACAGCAAGAACCUGACCGUCCCUGUGGAAGUGGUGAAGGAUUGGUUGUGGUUUAACAGCUAUGAGGAAGUGCGGGCAACUUGUGAACACUACGGGCUGCAGGUGGUCAAAGAGAAAAACGCGGUUUGCUUCAAUAAGACCACUUUCAUUGAUAAGGAACAGCAUCAGCCAACGAAACAUUUGCAAGCCAAAGUAGUACGAUUAGAAUUGGAAGAAGUACUAUUGUAUAAAGUUUGAUUUCGAACAAAGAUGACUGAUAUGAGUAUAACUGAGUGUAACUCACUUGUGAGGAACUGCAGAUUUUUUAUUUUCAUUUCAUAAGAUUAUUAUUAUUUACUUUAAUUAAGUUUGAUCUCAAUUGUUAUAAGUAUACUUAUGUUAUAUAUUAUUUUUUCGACGGUCAUCCUUUGUCCUCGUAUUAAUCCAUAUUCCAUAAGGCCGCGCUCACUUUGCAUACGUUUUCGUACGAAAUUCGGUCGUACUAACACAAACGUAUGAUUAACUUGUAUCCAGCGCUACGAGAAAGACGAGUGCAAAGUAAGCAUGACCUUAUAGUUUAUUGUAGAUAUAAUUGAAUAUAUUUUCUAAUCGCCACGAAAGUGGAAACUAUAAUGUGCGACUAUCUCCGCGAAAGAACUUCACCGAGCGCGCGCGUACGUGUGUACAAUUUGUUUUACUUCAUAAUGACUUUGGUUAUCUUACAAAAGUGAAUUAAAUAAUUAAUUUACCUAACAAAAAAUGUUUUGUAUAAAAGUAAUGUGUCAAAUAAAACAUCAAGGUGUAUAAAGGAAUCCUUUAUUUAUUUACAUAAGAAAAUUCGCCUAAUUACGCAAUACUAAUUACAUUUGACAACAAAAUCUAUCUAAACGUUUUGUAUGACCUCACGACUCAUUAAAUUCAAUAAAAUAUAACAAAGGGGCCUCGUGCAUACAUUUUGCAUGAAUAUAAACUAGGGCGACCAACAUUUUUAUGUCCACGGGACAGUCCUUAGAAAUUAACCGUUCCGAAAUAAUGCCGCUAAUAUUGUGGCUCAUUCUCUUGUACACAAUCUUUAAAAAAACUACAUUUACAGGUCUAAAUAACGUGCUAUCCUUUUCCACGGGGAGCAUUAUGAAAGGAAUAGCAAUAAGUUAGGUUUAAUUAACUUUUAGAGAAUUAUUUACAACAGAAUUGGCCAAUGUUGUUAUACGCCUUUAGCACACCGAUGCAUUCACACGCAGUAGCGAAACAAUAGUCGCCUUUGUCUAUGACGUCAACGCAUAUUGCAUGCGAAUGCAUCAGUGUGCUAAUGUUUAACAACACAGACUCCUUUUUAAAGAGUUGCAUAAUUAUAAGACAUUUUCAUAAUAUUCAUAAAUAAAAAUCACAGACCUAUUUGUGUAUUACGAAAGGUGGCCGCCUAAAUUUUCUAUGUAUACGAUCACAUAAUAUAGGUAAUUGGGGCGGUCUUACUAGGCGUAUGGUUUGUGGCUGCCUGCUAUUUUUGCCGAAAAUACAAAUCCUUUUCCACGUAAAGGUCACUCUGACGAAAAUUCGUUCUGCGCCACAAUAAUUUUCGUUUUAUGCUGAUAAGCACGUUGAUACAUUAUGAACUCAGUCAGCCGCAAUAUAUCGCACCCCUAGAUCAAAACUGUUUCAACUCAAAAACCAUGCCUUUUAAUAAUAUAACCUCGAUUUCUCGACUCGAUUAUCUGUAUGGGAAAACUGUAUUAAUGCUUUAUGUAAGAUUCAAAACAUAAUAAUUUCCUCUAAAUCUGUUUCUACAAUUUUAAUAUGCAGAUGAUAAAAAUCCAGUAUUUUUAGUUACUGAAAAAAAGUGUUUUUUGAGUUGAAACAGUUAUAGACAAAGGGAUGCGAUAUACGCCUAGUGCGAACACGUCCUAACAUACGACUAAAUGGUUGCAUGCAUACAAUAUUUAUAACUAUUCAACAAUAAUUAUUAUUAAUGUCAAUUUCUUUCAUUGUGGUACUUGGUACCCAAUAUUAGUACAAUAUACAUUGUUGUUAACUAUGCUGCCUUUCGAUAUUAUAGCUUAACUAUAUUUUUGAUACAAACAUUAUCUAGAUCUAGCCAUAUCAAAUUACCGAGCUAUUAAGGUUAAACAAAAGGUUUGUGAUAAUUUUUCAUAUUCCAAUGUUACUUUACAAUUACAUAUUUUGCUAGGACGAGUAGUUUGCUCCAUACUGCGAUUUUGUUGAUUAUUUUUAUCAUAGUCUAAUCUUAAAGUUGAAUUGUUAGAGUUAAUAAAUAAUUGGUAACUUAAAAAUAAGUAUUAUUUGUUUCUUUAUAAAACGCUAAUAGUUUUUAUUACUAUGGGACAAUUUGUCUAUAAUAUGAAAGAUUAAAUAAAAAAUGCCUAUAAUUAUAUACUUGUUUUAGUUUUCCUAAAAUGUCCUGGCUUCGGGUUCCUGCAUAUGGAAACCCCAGUAUGAAAUUUGCCUAGUACAGUCAAA